AUGGCCCAUGCGCAGCUGCCCAUCACGUCACUUCCGCUCUGGGAGACACUGAACAACGUCACCUUCACAAACACCCGCAUCACCGCUAUCCCCGGUAAAGGCUUUGGACUAGUUUCAAUUGGCUCCGAAUCGAGUUCUCAGACGGAUGGCAAUGGCAAGCCCUUGAUUUCCGUUCCACACGGCCUCGUGCUCCAUGUUGAGGCAGUCGAAGAAUACGCGAAACAGGACCGGAACUUUCGAUUGCUCCUCGAUGCCGUCGGUCACCAAACAGCCCGUGGCGAUAUACUCCUCUUUCUGUUGGUGCAGCUCGUGCUGGGCUUACGACAGCCCGACGAGGACCUGGCUUCCUUGCCCACACCAUGGACGGAGUAUGUUCGGUUCUUGCCCGCAGACGUGCCGUUGCCGACCCUGUGGACAGAUGCAGAACGCCUGCUGCUCCAGGGUACCUCGCUCGAGUCUGCGGUUGGGGCAAAGCUCAUAGCCCUGGAGGCCGAGUUUGAUCAACUGCGCGAGCACUCGUCAGACAUCCCGUUUUGGCAGGCUGCGUUCUGGGACCGCACGUCUGGACCAGAGCUCCGCCACUGGUUUCUGGUUGACGCCUGGUACCGCUCACGCUGCCUUGACCUCCCGCGGUAUGGUCCGUCCAUGGUGCCAUGCAUCGACAUGGUCAACCACAGCGACAAGCCAAACGCCUACUACGAGGAAGCCUCAACCACACCAGUAGCCAGCGACGACGUUGGCGUGGUUCUCUUGGUGAGGCCACAGCAAACGAUUUCUGCGUCUGACGAGAUCACUAUCAGCUACUGCGGCAGUAAAGAAGAUGAUGCCGGGGCAGGUUCUGGUGAUGGCAACAGCGGCCUCAAACCUGCAUCCGAGAUGCUUUUCAGCUACGGUUUCAUCGAUCCCGCGUCGACUCGGCACAGCCUCGUCCUUCCGUUCCAACCGUUUCCGGAUGAUCCUCUGGCAAAGGCAAAGCUUCACGUAUUCGGUGCGCCGGUACCACGACUGGAGAUCGAAUGUCUGGGCGUGGACGAUGAAGAUGAUAGUGACGACAACAACGAAGCUGAAGGGAACAUAAAUCCAUCGGGAAAGGUUCGCUGGACGUGUCCGUUUGUCCAUCUGAUGUGUGUCAACGAAGAGGACGGCAUCGACUUUCGCUUGCGCCAGGAAACAGAUGGAUCGACACAGCUGCGCAUGUUCUGGCAGGAUGAGGAUAUCACAGACAGGGCACGCGAUUUUGAAAUGUUUUCGAGUCAACACACGAUGGCGCCCAUCUUCCGUUUACGUGUCGUAACGGUUCUGCAGGAGGUUAUCGAAUCGCAUUUGGAGCGCAUGCAGGCAGUCGGAGCUGAAAAGGACGACCACUGUGGCAGCGGCGACGACGACAACGAUGACGACGACAACGCUGCGCAUAAUGACGCCGACAUGGAGGACGAGAGCUCUAGUCUCGACGACGACAUUCGCAGUGUUGUAGCCAAGCAGGCCGCACUUUUGCGAGACAUCGAAUCACGGAUCCUCAGCGCAGCCUUAGAAGCAUUGGAAGCAGAGGUGAGUUUCAAGCCGACAAGCGAAUAA